AUGUCUCCAAAACGGAAGAAGACAGGACAUGGUGACGACCCACCCAAGGCGAAGAAGACCAGAUCAGAGGAUACUCCUGAUGACGAUACAACCAAGACCGAUGUCAACUGGUUCAUACCAAAAGAAAAGGGAGAGAACAUCUAUAAAGAGAAAUGCGCAGCCGAUUAUGCCCAAAUCCUCUAUGAGAAAGCGCGAGAAGAGAUAAGUCCGCAACAAGCACCUUUGUUAGAUCCGCAAUUCCGGACGCCAGUAUUCCAAAAGCAAGGCAAAGAUCUGCGAGCGGGAGACAAGUACAGGCCCAGCGCGUCUUUGCGCAACCUGUUCAACGAUAUCAAGAGUAGAAGUAUUGAUAAGGAAGAGGGCCAUAGCAUCACUCAUUUCCAGCAGCAGUUUGGCGAUGACGCAAACAUUGCAGUAGUGCUCUCAAGAGCGGAUGACAACGCUACUUUUGUUCUAAAUGAAGACCAACGUUUGGAAGUGAUUGUGAACGAUGUGACUGCACAUGUAGAUUUUAUCCGACGGAACUCAUCAGAGGAUGGCAGCCCAGCCGGUUACUUCAUUCAACUCCCUCUCAAUACGUCAGUCACAGUAAACGGAACUACAUACACCAACAGCGACGACUCAUCAUCCAUGCCUUCUUAUAUUGGGCCGCUCGAAGGGUACGCGAUCAUUGAACUACUGUCGCAACCCGCGUUUUUCUUCAGAACUGCAGCAAGCUUGAAAGCCACAUGGUCGCAUAGAGCGGUAACUCAAGAAGAGCUCGAUCGUCGCGAUGGGAAUGGCGAUGUCGCGUUGGGAAACACAAGGGUGCGAUGGGGGCCUAUUGGAGCUCCACUACCGCCAGCGGGACCGGGAAACCCGGGCGUUCCAGAAGAGGUAGAAGAAGAGUCGGGGGAUGACUUCACCGACACAUUCACCGAUGCAGGAGAGCCGAUCAAAGAUCUUGGUGCGUAUAUGCGAGCUCAGCUGUUGUCUCAUCAACAAAGUCGAUAUCGCGAGCUCAUUCCCAGAGUUCUUGCUUCGGUGAACUAUCGAGAGAAAGAAGCUACCGGACUCAGCUAUCAGCAUGAAGGACAGACUUUCAGACCCGGGAGGACGCUGUUGCAACCAAUCGAGGUGGAAGGGAACCAUCUGUUGCUCGCUGCUCAAAUCCAUGCCGACAAGCACAUCACACUCAAAGUCCUAGACCCUAUGACGUGGCGAUCAACACUGUCUAGUCGGAAAGCUAUCGAUGAACACAUCAGGGAGACUUUGCGAAGCUCCACAUGGUGGCGGCAUGUCUUUGACUCGUUAGAUCAAAUGGAAGAAAACCUGCCCGAGGCCACUAUGUGGGUACCGGCGGCUCAGGUCACGACAGGCGAUGGAAGCUUUACGUACACCGUAUUGAACGCGUGGGCGCUCACGAUGGGCCUCGCGCCAAACCCGUCGUUCACACCCAGCGCUCAUGGUCACGAAUCGUUCUUCAUCCGGGCCCAACAAAUCUUCGAUCUGGCCCUUCAAGACACGUUGAACUGGAGGGUAUUGCUCGCCUUUUUCCGCUGCACCGGAUUCGUUAAGCCCAGCGAGGGCAGCGAGAAUGAUGAAGAGGCAGAUCUCCCGCAUCUAUCAAGGCGAUUUGAUCUUUGUAACCGCUCUUUCCAGAAGCUGAUCGCUCGCCAAACGGCAGCAGACGCCGCUGCUGAGGGCAAGAAGAUCGAUAUGGAGCUGGUCACUUUGGGACUCGAGCAUGGAAUGCGCCAUGAUGUAGCCUUCGCUGCCGAUUCACUAAGCGAGCUCGAACGGACCAACCUCACUUCCAUCGUCCGUGAUAGCCGAUGGAACUUCGCUGACACAAAGAAGAAGCUGAAAAAGCGUCUGGACGAAAACAAAGAGCAGAAAUUGUCGGAUGUGUCGUUGCUAAAACCAACACCACCACCACCACCUCCACCUCCACAUAAAUCGACUCCAGAUACCGAGGAGAUUCCGGCCGACUUUGAUCCUUGCAAGCAUCUUCACGAGCAGAUUAAAUUGCUCGAAGAGCAGGGGAAGAUUGAACCAAAAGUCGGAAGUGAAAUCGACGAAGCAUUGCCAUCCAGGUGGAGUCAAGCUGUCUUUGGAUAUAUCGAGCCCGUUGUACGAGCUAUCAACGAUUUGCUCUCGCCUGAGCAGCCUCAGCGGGGCUUCACGCUGGCAGACCUGAAUGGUUCAUCCAGAUACGCAGAUGAUUCUGGCGUGUUGGACACAGUGGUUAUGAUGGUCUGCCAACUGGGAGACCAUGUCAUACUAGUAGUCUUGCAGCAUGAGGACGCAUCCAAAGAAGCUCCUGAUGUCUCACGCGUUAUGGACUCCGCACCAUGGACUACCACGGCGAAGGAGCGCGUCCAAAUCCACGACCUACUGGUUGAAGCGGGGAUGUUAGUAGUUGAUCCUACUGCAGACGAAGUUAAAAGUUUCGUCGGGCCAGUACUACAAUGGAUGCCGGGACCUCAGCAAGCACAAGUAAAAGAAGCUGGGUAUUUCGCAAUCAUGAGUGCAUGGGCUGUACUGCUCGGUCUACCCAUCAAUCCCGAAUUCCGCAUAGGCGCAGAUUUCUACGACAGCGCACUUCCUCUGCUCCAGGCAGUGGUCAAAGCACAUGCAGACUGGAAGCUGAUCUGGGCGUUCUUGCGUUGUGUGGGUUAUACUCAGUCCGAGCAGCCGCCCUCGAUGCAGCGUCGAUUCAAAGCGACAAGGCCUGCUCGUGGCCCCCGUAUCACCAAAGGCAACAGAAAGACAAAGCGCUCGAUCGAGACUCAGGCUUGCCGUGACAUCAACUAUCCGCAUUUUCCAGUGAACACGGGUGUAGCGCAUACUGAAGCCUUCCCGUGGGACGACUAUGACAAGCCGGAUAGGGCAACUCGUAUACCGGAGAUGAUCAAGUCUGGAGAGUAUCCAGAAUCUCUGCUUCCUCAAGCAGAUCGCACCAAACAAGACCUUCCUACUGGAAACAAGGAAUCUUCAUGCGCUCAAUUCCAUCGCAAACUCAAAGAAACACUAGAGGAUGAAAAGAUCAAGACUGAGCUGCAAGACUUCCGGCAUACUCAGAAUCCCACUAGUAAGUUUGGUGUAUGGCUAGAGGAUUGGGAAGCAUCACAUGCUAUUGCUUCAGUCACGUUCGCAAUCACAUCGAGUCAAGAUGAUUCGCUUGGAUUUGGUUUCAUCGCCCAGCCACACGUCCAAGGUAUCAGAAACACGGUCAAAAUUGAUGUUAUGCGGACGCAACGCCCUGGAAGACCACUGAUUACGCCGUUGCUCAUCGACAACCAUAUCGUAUUACUGGUGAUCCAGCUUGAUGAUGAUGAUAGCAAGCCUUCGAUCUCCGUGCUGGACUCAAAAGCAUACCAUAUGACAGCAAAAAGUCGUGCAGAAUUACACAGAUGGGCGUGGAGAUUGGUGAUCGUGUCGAAAUGGAAUCAGGGAGUAUUCCCUAUAUCCGAAAUGAAACUUCACAGACCUGCACACGCGACCUGGGUGCCAGUGUCACAACAGCCUAGCGACAACGAGUGUGGUUACUACACCAUCUUGAAUGGCUGGUCCCUCGCGCUUGGUCUGACACCAGAUCAUACGGCCAACGUUGAAUGGACAGACCAGUUCCACAGCGACUUGCAGGACGUAAUUCAUCUUGCUCGCAUUGGACGGGCAGAUUGGAGCUUGAUCUACAAUUUUCUUAGAUGUUACAACUUCGUCCUAAAUGGAGAGGUGCCUCCUGAUCGCCGUUUCGCCCAAACCACAGCACUCUUGGAGGAAACAAGCGUUGGAGAAGUACAGGAAAACAUCAACAGCAUCGAGGACGUCCAAUCCGCUGACCCCAAUACCAAGACUCCGGAUUUGAGCCAGCUGAGACACGCCAAUAGGAUAGCGUUACUCCCCGGAAGGCGACACAACCUCAGCGCUGCAUUUCCGUCCGAUAAGUGGAGCUCCGAUGCCCGAGCAGAUGCCAAUGACUUGGCUCGAAAUGGCAAGCUAGACCUCAAUGCCAAUGAAGCCCAACUCCGAAAAGCUCAUGCAGAUCUGCAUAACGGCCGCGGGCCAGCCCUAAGAGAAGAGCUUCAAAAAGCGGACGCCAACUAUAAGCAACAAGCCCAAGAUGAGUUGCUCAAGACAUGUCAAGACCACCUAACUAGGUGGCAUACAGGUAUCGACUUGUUGUUCCAUGAACGAUCUUGUGCAUUCCUCCACGAUACUUUGAACUUCUAUCGCUACAUCUUUCAAGAAGACUUCCUCGGUAACGUAAUCCACAACGAAGCUUUCCCGCCCGGAGAUUGGAACAAGUAUCGAGAAGCUUCCGAAAUCAACUUGGCAGUCUCCGCUGUCGUUGCAGCCAUUGAUGACUUACAAUUGCAAAAACACCAAACGAGUGUCCCUGGUGUACCCUUCGCGGGUGGCUUCUCUCUUUCAACGAGCACAGAUAUCGCCAUUGGUGCGGGCUCAUCAGUUUCGCGCCCCAGAAGAUGUUGGCUCAUGCCCCUGAGCAUCAUGCAAGGAGGCUAUCUAACUAGGAUCAACCAGUGGCGCCAGGAGAACGGUAAGAAGAUUCCAAAGUCUAAUGGUGGCGCACAGGGGCACCAUAUACUGGUGGUUCUACAAGAAGAAGAGAAAGCAGAAGGGGAUGAGGAAGAGAGUGAGGAAGAGGAGGGCGAAGAAGAGCAGAAUGAGGGAUUAACCAAGACUGGUUUUGCGAUGUACUUCUAUGACAGCGCGCCGGAAAAUCUGAAGGACACACUGGUAGCUGAGGGAGUUGCAGGGCCAUUGCCCGAUAUCGUGUCAGAUAUCGCUCCGGGGCUCCAAUGGCUUCAGCAUCGUAAAGGCGAAAAGAAGAAGAGCUAUUCAAUUUUCGAGGUACCUACUUCGAGGCAGCCGCACGGCGGGUGGCAAUGCGGGCCUCACGUUAUCAUCAACGCGUGGAUUUUGGCUUUGGGCUUACGCCCUGAUCCUAGUAGAGAGUACGACGACGUCAUAUACCAGGAACUCCAUGUACUCGCGCGUGCCGCCGUAGUUGGGCUACUGGAUUGGCGAACUUUAGUCGCAUGGAUUUUCUGCCACAAGCUUGCUCUCGAGACGAAAUUCGAAGUUUGGAACACAAUGAUGUCCUUCUUGGGGCGAUGUCUCAGAAGGAGAUACCUUAUGACAGAGGUAACAACCCUGUGCACGCAGGAGCUAAGUCACCGAAAGACGCAGAGAAUGGAAAACAAAAAGGAGGAGAAAAAGCGUAUCUUGCAAGAAGCUACGACGAUAUAG